CACGCGCACCAGCACACUUACGCGCACAACCGGAGAGUAUUUCCUAGUGGGUUUCUGCUGUUGUCCUUCUUCUCUUCCUCUCUGCUCUCCCUGCUGGGUCGCUGCUCACCGAGCUUCAUCCAACAGCUGCAACUCCUGCGACUUUCUUCCUACCGCUAAAAAAACCGCUCCAUCACUGUCAAAAUGGCCACCAGAGGAACUGUAAAACCCAGUUUGAACUUCAAUGCCACUACAGAUGCUGAGGUCCUGUACAAGGCCAUGAAAGGGCUAGGGACCAAUGAGGAUGCCAUCUUGGAGCUGUUGACGGCCCGCAGCAACGCCCAGAGGCAGGAUAUCAAGACUGCCUACAAAACUCUGUUUGGAAAGGAUCUGGUAGAUAACCUGAAGGGAGAGCUGGGAGGCAAAUUUGAGACCCUGAUCGUGGGUCUCAUGACUCCACCCAUCGCUUACGAUGCGACUUCCCUUCGCAACGCCAUCAAGGGGGCAGGAACAGAUGAGAAGGUGCUGGUGGAGAUCCUCGCCUCCAGAACACCUCAGCAGGUGAAGGACAUCAUCGCUGCUUAUAGACAGGAGUAUGAUGACGACCUGGAGGAGGAUAUAUCUGGUGACACUUCAGGUCACUUCAAGAGGCUUCUGGUUAUUCUCCUGCAGGCGAACAGGCAGCAGGGGAUCCAGCAGGGAACUAUCGAGACUGAUGCUCAGGUCCUCUUCAAGGCAGGAGAGCAGAAGUUUGGCACUGAUGAACAAACUUUUGUCACCAUCCUGGGAAACCGCAGUGCCGAACAUCUUAGGAAAGUAUUUGACGCUUACAUGAAGCUGGCUGGAUACGAGAUGGAGGAGAGUAUUAAGAGGGAAACAUCUGGAAGUCUGGAAGAUUUGCUUCUCGCCGUGGUGAAGUGUGCCAGGAGCGUUCCAGCCUAUUUUGCUGAGACUCUGUACUAUGCAAUGAAGGGUGCAGGAACUGAUGAUGACACCCUGAUCAGAGUGAUGGUGAGUCGCAGCGAGGUGGACAUGUUGGACAUCAGGACUGAGUUCAGGAAGCUGUUUGCCUGCUCUCUGUUUUCCAUGAUCAAGGGAGAUACCAGUGGCGACUACCGGAAGGCCUUACUGUUGCUCUGUGGUGGAGACGAUGCGUAACCACAGCAACACAACAUAAACCGCACCUGACGUGCCUCUUCUCGCUAAGUUGGCCCUUUGGCCCACUGAAACCAGAAUUUCUAUCACAUCAAAAAGCUUUUUGUGUGUGAGCGACGGCCCAUCAGGUCUUUUUAAACUACAAUUCCAAAUAAUGUCUUUGAAAGGUAGCUAACACUUUGUCGUUGUCCACAUUAAAGCAGCUUUUGGUCGGCUAACAUUUUCAAUAUGAUUUUUAAUAUGAAUAUCAUUCAUUUGUAAAGCUAAAGUAUCAGACCCAGUGGUUUUUGUUUGCACGUUGUAUGGCAGAAACAAUAUAUGCAAUAAUAAACAUUUAAGCUGAUGAAGUACGAUGAUUA